AUGGUCAUCAAGCACGUCGCGCACGCGCUUGUUGGCGUCCUGGCGCUCGCCGCUUGCGCCGCCGCGUUUGAAGAAGAGGAGAACGUGCUCGUGCUCAAGGAGAGCGACUUUGCCGACGCCGUGACGGGUCACGACGCGCUGCUCGUGGAGUUUUACGCGCCUUGGUGCGGCCAUUGCAAGCAGCUGGCGCCCGAGUACGCGGCCGCCGCCACGAGUCUCAAGGAGAAGAACCUGCCGGUGCGUCUGGCCAAGGUGGACGCGACGGUGGAGACGAAACUGGCCGAGCAGUUUGCGAUCCGCGGGUUCCCCACGCUCAAGUUCUUCAAGGGCGACGUGGACGCUGUCAAGGACUUUGAUGGCGGCCGCACAGCUGCUGAGAUUGAGAAGUGGGUCGUGCGCAAGUCGGGCCCAGCUGUUGUGAUCGUGGAGACGGUCCAGGAGCUCGAGGAGCUCAAGGAAGCGAACGACGUGGUUGUGUUUGCCGUCGUGGACGCUGUAGAAGGCGAGGCGCGAGCGUUGCUGGAGAAACUGGCAGAUGCCGAUGACAUGGCUGUGUACGUGGCGUCCACGCAGUUGGGUCUGGUGGCAGACGCGAAGGCCGUGAAGAACGUGGUGCUGUACAAGAAGUUUGACGAGGGGAAGGUCGUGUACGACGGCGAGUGGGAGAACGAGGCACUGGCGGCGUUUAUCAAGGCCAACAGUCUGCCGCUGGUGAUUACGUUCUCGCAGGAAAAGGCGCCCACGGUCUUUGGUGGCGACGUGAAAGAGCACAUGCUGGCGUUUGUCGACAUGAGCAAGGACUAUGUGGGUGGCUUGGAAGCUGCGGUCAAGCAGACGGCAGAGACGAACAAGGGCAAGCUGCUGCAUGUUCUGAUGCCGAGCACCGAAGAACGCAUUCUCGACUACUUUGGCCUGACGCAAGACGACUUGCCGGCUGUCAUGCUGGUCAAUAUGGGCGGGUCGACGAAGAAGUACGGGUUUGAGCACAAGGGAGACGCCCUCGUGGCGAGGCUGGAUGGAGAUCUUGCUGCGGAGCUGGUCGCUUUCGAGGGUGAGUACUUUGAAGGCAAGCUCACGCCUCAGCUCAAGUCUGCGGAACCGGAGGACGACAGCAACGAGGUGGUCAAGGUGAUUGUGGGCAAGGAUUUCCAGGAGCGCGUGAUUGACAACGAGAAGGAUGUGCUGCUUGAGUUUUAUGCUCCAUGGUGUGGUCACUGCAAGGCUCUUGCUCCUAAGUACGAGGAGCUGGGCGAGGCGUUUGCGGACGUGGACAGUAUCAUGAUUGCCAAGAUUGAUGCGGCUGCCAACGAGGUUGACCACGCUGGUGUGGAGGUGCAAGGCUUCCCGACGAUCCUCUUCUUUCCUGCGAUGGACAAGCAGACCCCGAUCGUUUACGAGGGCUCGCGUGAUGUCGAUGGCUUUACUGAGUUCCUGAAGAUGAACGCGCAGAAGUUCGAGCUGGACGGGGUACAGUACGGCACGAACGAGAUUGAGAAGGGUGAUGCGAUGGAGCAGACGUCGGAGGAGGAUGUCAAGGAGAAGAAGGAAGGAGGGGCCGAGCACGAGGAGUUGUAG